AUGGUGGGGGUCCUGGCCAUGGCGGCUGCAGCAGCUCCCCCUCCCGUGAAGGACUAUGAGAUUGAGCCAUGCAAAAAGCGAAGGAAAGAUGAUGAUGACGGAUCUUCCUGCAAAACAAUUACAAACUAUUUACCACCAAUAGGGAAGUCUGGAGACAGGGUUUUCUCUCCGCCCAAAUCCAGUAAUAUUAUGCAUUACUUUAGGAAGACUUCACCCUCAAAUGAGCAACUACAAUCAGCAAAAGACUGCAAAAAAAAUUUGUCUGCGCUAUCACCUGUUGACAAUAGCAAAGACUGUAAGGCACCUUUGGAAGUGUUCUCAAAUAUAAAGUGGAAGAAGAGAAGAAAAAAGGUUAAUUUAUCUCAUCAAUUAAAUAAUAUCAAAAUUGAGAAUGAAUCUCCAAUUGAAAUUAGUAGUGAUGAUAGUAAAGAAGACUCUGGUUUAAGUAAUGAUUUUAUGGAAAGUAGUACUUCGGUGUUACUUUACAAGAAACAUGUAGACAUUCUUGCAGAAAGUAUUCAAGAUAGCAGAAACCAGAUAAAUACUAUGACCUCCAAAAAAAAUGUUAAGAAAGUAAAUCCUAGACAAGGAUCCACAAAAACUGAUCGCAAAAAGUUGAGAAAAAGAAAGUCCAGAGAUGUAAUAGAUCUAUCUCAAAAUUUACCCUUAGCAGAAGAACUAAAUAUGCUGAAAAAAGACGGUAAAGGUAGUAAACAGACAAUGCUUUCCCUAGCUAAUGAAAUUGAGAGUACCACAAAUGAUGCAAACUCUAGCAAUCAUGAAAUAACCAAUUUAAAUGAUAGUACAAUAACUGUCUCAUAUGAGGACUUUUUGAAAAGCCACAAGGAAACUAAAGUGGAAGAGACACUAGACUCUACAGCAUCAGUUUGUGUUCCUUUUGAAACAGUUGAAAUAGUCAAAAGUGAUAAUCUAAGUGAAUCUGAAAACUGUGAAAUACCUCAGCAGGUAUGCUCUAAGACAGUUACCAUUCUUGCACAAGUUCACCCCACUCCCCCCAGGAAGACAGGGAAAAUACCCUCAAUUUUUUUGAAACAAAAGCAAAUUGAGAUGGAGAAUAGUCUGUCUGAUCCUGAGAAUGAACAGACAGUUCAGAAAAGAAAAUCCAAUGUUGUUAUACAAGAGGAAGAAUUAGAAUUGGCAGUGUUGGAAGCUGCAAGUUCUGAAGCUGUGAAACCAAAAUGCACCCUGGAAGAAAGACAGCAGUUUAUGAAAGCAUUUAGGCAGCCUGCAUCAGAUGCUCUUAAAAAUGGAUUAAAAAAGUCUUUGGAUAAGCAGAAAGACCUCAAUGAAAAAUCUUUAAAUGAAGAUGGAAGAGAUAAUACUACACGAAUCAUGGAAAAUUCUAAUAUCCAAAUGUUUUCAAAUAAUGGCAGUUCACAGCCACAUACUGAUAAAGGAAGUUUUUCUAAGGAGAAAAGUAAAAAGCUAAAGAAAAAGGGCAAAAAACCAUUGCGUACUUCUCCAAGUGAAAGCAGAGAGGGAAAUACUCAAAAGAAAGAAACAACUUUUUCCUUAAAAGAUAAACAAAAUCAAAAUAGGGUCAGAAUGAGUUUAAGACAAAAGAAAUCAGAAGUUUUCAAAAGCAGUACAUUAUUUGACAGUGAAAGUCCUGUUUGUGAGAAUAUAGCAAAUGAUGACCCAGUAAAGAUUUCAUCUCCGUGUGACAACAAUACAUCAUCAAGAAAAAACAGCACACCAGAUAAGGAUGUUAAGGUUAUACAUCUUAAAGCUGAACCCGAAGACAGACUGGUAAAUCUUCCCACACCCAAAUCAACCAGGAGAUCUUUGAGGAGUAGCAGCACGCUUACUACAGUAACCCUUGUAGGUAUUGAUUCUGAAGAUGCACAAGAUAAUAGUCCAGUAAAGGUUUCCACUCCAAAAGCAGCCAACAUAUCGGAAAAGCAUAGCCUAUACACAGCGGAAUUAAUAACAGUAUCCUCUGAUUCAGAGAGCCCUAUCAGAAUGAAAUUCACCAGAAUUAGUACUCCCAAAAAAUCUAAGAAAAAAUGUAAGAACUUUGAAACAAGUGAUGGAGAUUUUACUUCUCAGACUAGAAAGGCAUGUAAUACUUCAAAAAAUAUAUCAAAAGCAAAACAAUUGAUUGAAAAAGCAAAAGCUUUGCACAUCAGUAAGUCAAAGGCUACUGAAGAAAUAGUGAUGCCCUUAAGGCGUUCCUCGAGACAUCGGACACUUCCUGAAAGGGUGAAAUCAUCACAAACAGAUGAUUCUGUAAUAUUGGUAGAUUCAAGUCCCACUUCUUUAAAACAACCAGAGAAAAAUCAGAAGAAACUUCAGUGUUUGAAUGAUGUGCUAGGAAAAAAACUUAGCAAGGCUUCUAAAAAUGUACCUGGAAAAAUGAAAGUUGCUCCUUUAUUUCUUGCCAGAAAGGCUCAAAAAACAGCCAGUCCUGUCCUUGGGUUUGAUGAGAACAGUCAAGAUAAAUCUGAAAAGUCUCAGGAUUAUGAUGUACAAUUUAAAGCAAAGCGUGAUUUUCUGAUGAGUGGUUUGCCAGACUUGUUGAAACGACAAAUUGCAAAGAAAGCUGCUGUACUGGAUGUUUACAAUGCAGCAAGUACCAGUUUCCAGACAGUUGUUCAUGUACAACAAAAGGAUGAUGGGUGUUGGCUUUGGCAUUUGAAACCACCCUCCUGUCCUCUGUUAACUAAAUUCAAAGAACUGAAUACUAAAGUACUAGAUCUCUCAAAAUGUGUUAUUGCUCUUGGUGAAUUUUCAACAUUGAAUUCCAAUCUGAAAAGUAAUUCUGCUGUUGAGUUUACGAGGACAAGAAAGGAUUUUACUAAAGAAGUAAGAAAUAUUUUACUGGAAGAAAUUGGGUGGUCAAAUCCUGACUUUUCUUUGGGAAGAUAUUUUCCCUUGCUUCUACAAAAACGAUUGGAGCACCAGGUACUUUAUGAGUAUCAUAGUAAACAAGGGAGUCUACACCUAGAGCCUGAUGUCAAUCAAAAAGAAACCAAAAGGAAGCGAGUGGAAACAGAAAAUCAGAAGGCAAAAAGAAAGAAAACAAAUGAAUGUUCAGUAAGUCCAGAAAAGAUAAAUGGGAAGUCAGAAGAACUACACAAAAAAAACGCCUCUUUUGGGAUAAAGCUAGAUUCUUCCAAAGGUAUAUUUUCCAGAACAUCACGAAAGAAGCUAACUGCUUUGAGUACAAGGUGUAAAGGGAAGACAGAAGCAGUCAAAGAUAAUGAUGUUCUGAAAACAGAUGAUGACAAAGAAUCUGCAGCAGAGACACCUUCCAUUUCUGAUUCUGGAACUGAAGAUAUGCUUUGGACAGAAAAAUACCAACCUCAAAAUGCCAGUGAACUCAUAGGGAAUGAGUUAGCUAUAAAAAAGUUACAUAGUUGGUUGAAAGACUGGAAAAGAAGAACUGAAUUGGAAGAAAGACAGAAUUUAAAGGGGAAAAGAGAUGAGAAACAGGAAGAUUUUUCGGAUAGUGUAGACUUUCAAGGCAAUUCAGAUGAUGAAGAAGAAAGUCGUCUUUGCAAUACUGUCCUUAUAACAGGGCCCACAGGAGUGGGAAAAACUGCUGCAGUGUAUGCUUGUGCUCAGGAGCUUGGAUUUAAGAUAUUUGAAGUGAAUGCCUCUUCCCAGCGCAGUGGUAGACAAAUUCUGUCUCAGCUGAAGGAAGCUACUCAGUCCCAUCAAGUAGACAAGCAGGGUGUAAACUCACAAAAACCCUGUUUUUUUAAUAGCUUCAACAUUGGCAAGUCACCAAAGAAAUUGAGCUCCCCUAAAAAAAUUGUUUCAUCACCAAGGAAGCAUCCUCCGUCCUCACCAAAAAUUGGUGGGCAAAAGCGGGCUCCUCCCUCCAAAACUUUGGCAAGUUACUUUAAAGUGUCUUCCAAACCCCAAAAUAAAGAAGAAGUAGGAGUACUUAAGGAAAAUAAAGGAAUCAAAAAUUCUUCUUUGGAACAGAAGCAAAGUACUCAGACUAAAUCUACAAAUGCAACUAAUUCAAAUGUCAAAGAAUUUGGAGUUGAGGAACCCAACAGGAAAAAUGCAACAUCUCUCAUUCUUUUUGAGGAGGUUGAUGUCAUUUUUGAUGAAGAUGCUGGGUUUUUGAAUGCAAUCAAAACAUUCAUGGCAACAACUAAACGACCUGUAAUCCUUACUACAAGUGAUCCUACAUUUAGCUUAGUGUUUGAUGGCUGUUUUGAAGAAAUCAAUUUCAAUACUCCUUCCCUGCUAAAUGUUGCCAGCUACCUACAAAUUAUCUGCUUAGCUGAGAAUUUCAGAACUGAUGUAAAAGACUUUGUAACCUUGUUGACUGCAAAUGCUUGUGAUAUCAGAAAAAGUAUCCUUUACUUACAGUUUUGGAUUAGAAGUGGAGGUGGAUUUUUAGAAGAAAGGCCAUUAUCUCAUUGUCGUGGAAAUAGCAGAAAUGUACUAUCCUGCUCUGAAGAUGACCCUGGUUCCAAAAAUAACACUAAACCUACUAGAAAGAAUCUUCGCAUAGACCUUCCCAAAUGUGACACUGGCUGUGUUGAGACCUUGUUUGGACUGAAGAACAUUUUUUCUCCAUCUGAAGACUUAUUUUCAUUUUUUAAGCACAAAUCACAACAAAGGAAGAAUGGCAUAAAACUCAUCCAGCUUCUUAUGGAAUUCCACGUGCGAAAUGUAGACUUUUUAUAUAGUAAUCUUGAGUUCAUUCUCCCAUUACCAGUUGACAUUAUUCCAGCAGUGAAAAACAUCUGUGGCUCAGCAGUAACUGUGGAUGCCAGUGCAGCAACACCUAGUGUGACUUAUCUUGCUGGGAAACAGUCUGAAGGAGAACAGCCAUUGAGAAAGUCACAGAAAAAAGAAGCCUAAGAAAAAGAUGGUGAACUAGAUGAUAGUGACUUAUUUGACACUGGUUUGGAUUUUUCUGAUGAGUUUAUUAGCCUAUCCCCUGAGUUGUCCUCAACUUUAGAAGAAAGCAAAGCCAGAGACAAAGAGAGCAAUCCAGAGCCAAAGAAAUCUAUUCCUCAUCCUCCUAAAACACCCGCAGAAAAAAAAUGUUCUAUCCUUGUUUCUCAUUGUUUAAAUUCUCUUACUGAGUUCAUGGAUAACAUGUCCUUCUUAGAUGCCCUUUUAACUGAUGGACGGGAACAGAAGGACUUUAGUCAAAAUGACUUUCUUUGGACAAGUGGAAAGGUUAAAAGUGGACUUUGUGAUGAGUUCAGUCUGGAGAAUAUGGAUGGAUGGACUUCUCAAACCUUUGGAGAAUUAAAGGCAGCCACAGAAGCUCUCAGCUUUACUAAAUGUUCUUCCACUAUUUCAAAAGCAUUGGAAUCCUCCUUGAAUUCUUGCAAGAAAUUAGGAGGAGACCCAACCAGUGAUCUUACUUUUUGUGUUUCACAAAAGCGCAAUAAUGUAUGCUUUAGCCAGUCAGCAGCUAAUGUGGAUGAUGCUUGGAAGAGGACAGCAGUCAUUAAAAGCGUGUUCUCUAGUCGAUCUCUUCUGAGCCUCGGUAAUAAGCAAGCUAGCAUCGUUGAAUACCUGCCAACUCUUCGGAACAUUUGUAGGAUUGAGAAGCUAAAAGAACAAGGGAAAAAUAAAAGAAGGUUCCUGCACUAUUUUGAAGGAAUUCACCUUGACAUUCCAAAAGAGACAGUGAAUGCACUGGCAGCUGACUUCCCUUAAGAGUCC